AGGAGCCCCAGCCCCCAUGACGUCAAAUAUGGACCCAUAUAAGCUGAGGGGACCCCAGCCCAUGGUCCCAAGCAGCUGUCCAACUCCAACAUGGCCCAGGCAGCCCUCUGCAUCCGCUCCACCUUCGGCCUCCAGUGCUACCUCCUCUUCCUUCUAGGUUCUUGGGAGUCAGGUGCUACCGCAUUUCGAGAACUUCAGAAAACUGGUGUUUCCCCAGCAUCUGAUCAUUUGUUACCUCCUACUUCAGGCCUUGUUUAUAGUACACUCUCUGAUUAUACUGCUCUUCAUUUAGGCCACAACCCUCUAGACCUCACUAAAUCUACAGAAAUCCAUAAGCGAAAAAGUCAUUGCAAUACUACACACCAUAUCAAGCCAACUUACAAACCGAUAGAUAACCCUCAAAAUUCUACAAGUGAUUAUGAAGUUUCUCCUUCUUCUGAAAAAAAACCCAGCAAUCAAGGAAAAAACCCAAAUAUCCAGAAUAGACGCCCUAUUGAUCCUAAUGACUCUACUAACACACAUAAAGGACUGUCUGGUGCAAAAUAUUCAACCCUAGCACCCAAGAGAAAACCAUUUUGCAAUAAGCCCAAUGUAAGCAAAAUAGGUACAGGAAACAUACAUAAAACUGCAACAUCGUUUGGAAACACCAUCACUACUUUAGACAGUAAAAGCACUACUUCACACAAGACCAUAAUUCCUGUCCACACCUCAGUCAAUACAGAGAUCAACAAAAUACCUACAUCUUCCUCAGGCAAAAGCACAGCAGUCACAAAGUCUACAAGAAUCCCAGAAAGGUCAGAAGGAGCUGAAGAUGGUAAAAUAGUUGCUAGUUCCGGAACUACGGUUGCCUCAGGCAAGACUGUGAGGAAGACUACAGAACACAUAAACAGGAUCACAUCACCCAUUGAAAAGAUUACACAAAUACUAACAACACUUACAGAACACAAACAAAGGACUGUGUCAGCUCAUAUAAAUACCACAAGAUCACUAGAAAGCCCACUGGGACAUGGGAAAGAGGCCACAUUGGCUAAUAAGACAACCCCAAGAAUCCAAGCAGAGUCUACAAAACAUGGAGAAGAGACUAAAUCAGCCAAUGGGAAGACCACAACAACCCAAGAAAAGUCCAAGAAACAUGGACAGAACACCACUCCAGCCAGCAGUAAGACAAUGAAAGCCCCAGAAGAUCCCAAAUACCAUGGAAAGAAGACCACAAGAGCCCUAGAAGGGCCCAAGGAUGAUGGAAAGAAGACCACUCCAGCCAACACUACGAGAGCCCUGGGAGGACUCAAGAAUCCUGGGGAGAAGACCACCACAGUCAUUGGGAAGACCACCAGUACCGCAGAAGGGCCCCCAGACCAUGGAAGGAAGACCGCUGCAGCGAGCGGGAAGACCACGAGAGCACUGGGAGGACUCAAGAAUCCUGGGGAGAAGACCACCACCGUCAGCGGGAAGACCACCAGUACCGCAGAAGGGCCCCCAGACCAUGGAAGGAAGACCGCUGCAGCGAGCGGGAAGACCACGAGAGCCCUGGGAGGACUCAAGAAUCCUGGGGAGAAGACCACCACCGUCAGCGGGAAGACCACCAGUACCGCAGAAGGGCCCCCAGACCAUGGAAGGAAGACCGCUGCAGCGAGCGGGAAGACCACGAGAGCACUGGGAGGACUCAAGAAUCCUGGGGAGAAGACCACCACCGUCAGCGGGAAGACCACCAGUACCGCAGAAGGGCCCCCAGACCAUGGAAGGAAGACCGCUGCAGCGAGCGGGAAGACCACGAGAGCCCUGGGAGGACUCAAGAAUCCUGGGGAGAAGACCACCACCGUCAGCGGGAAGACCACCAGUACCGCAGAAGGGCCCCCAGACCAUGGAAGGAAGACCGCUGCAGCGAGCGGGAAGACCACGAGAGCCCUGGGAGGACUCAAGAAUCCUGGGGAGAAGACCACCACAGUCAUUGGGAAGACCACCAGUACCGCAGAAGGGCCCCCAGACCAUGGAAGGAAGACCGCUGCAGCGAGCGGGAAGACCACGAGAGCCCUGGGAGGACUCAAGAAUCCUGGGGAGAAGACCACCACCGUCAGCGGGAAGACCACCAGUACCUCUCACAUGAAGCUGAGUUCCACCAUGUCAGAGAUCCCAGACAAUGAAAGCCAUCCAUAUCAGAAUGAAGAUGGCUCACACAGAGGUGUUCAUGCUGGAGGAAGGAGGGAGAAUGAUUCAUUCCCUGCCUGGGCCAUAGUUAUUGUGGUCCUGGUGGCUGUGAUUCUCUUCCUGAUGUUCCUUAGCCUUAUCUUCUUGGUCUCCUAUAUGACAAAAACACGCCAGGCACUGAUCCAGAACAAGGAGGACAAUGACCCAGAAGAUGAUGGAGGCCCUAACUCCUACCCAGUCCACCUGAUGGAGCAGCAGACUCUUGGCAUGGGCCAGAUCACUUCCCCACGGUGAUCUCUCAGAAAGUGCCCAGCUCUUCCAUGCUCUUCCAUGAGGAGUUAGACUCACCGUUUGUAAUUCCUAGACUCCGGGAAGGGCAAAGUAUGGAAAGUUAACGGCAUUCACCCUUCAUCUGCUGUGUUCUUAUUGAAACUGGUCUAGGGAUGAGAUGAUAAGCAAGAAGAUGUGAGUCUGGGAGAUAUAAAAGAAGGAAUGAAUAAUAUGAGCAUGUGUAGAAGAUGAUGGUUUCAGAAUGAAAAGCUGUUUGAUGGACAUAUGGGAUGGGCACCAAAAUAGGACACCAAGUCUUGGGAAGAGCAGCAUAGCUAAAGGAAGUUUGGGGGCAAUGCCCCAGAUCUGACUGGAAGUUGGGUUUCAGGACCAAUCUAUAUUUCCAUCUACUAUUACUCAGACUGUGUGUGUAGUAAGCAGGCUUGUCUUUCAGUUCCCAGGACACUUAAUCCCCUCCUUUUUAAAAUGAAUAAGUAAAAAAAAAAAGUAAAAAAAAAAAAUAAAAUGAAUAA